AUGCUCUCUUCUAGAAAGUUUACAGGUAGACUCUGGCAAUGGUCUAUAGCCAUAAUUGUAACCGUUUUUGUUUGUGGAACAAUAACACAUUACUCGGAAGUAUCGCCGCGAUCGCUUCUAUUUGAUGCCACGAGUAGGAAGCUGUAUCGAAGAAUACUUUUCCCACAAAACUUUGCUAAUAACAGAGAUGAGUUGACGAAUUUUAUCGAUGCAAACCCAUCGGCUUUUAAAGUUAAGAAAUCGUCAAGUGGGCGAUUGAAGAAACCAAAUUUGCAAUUUGAACAAGCACUGCCCCAGGACCCCAAAUCAAACCAGUUGAAGUCCUCUUAUCAUCCAUACAAAUUUUCAGUCUAUAAUACUUUAAAGGACAUUGAUUUGGAGUUAAAUCGGUGUCAUGAAAUAAAACAAGAAUUAAAUAUGUUUAUCGAUAAAGCAAUUGAUAUGAAAACUCCAUUAGACAAGGUGUUGGAGCACCUACUAAAGGAAUUGCAACAUGGCUCUAACCCAUACUUUGAAGAUAUCCAAGAUUUAAUCUUGCCCGAGUUGAAACUACAAGUUCAUUUAGGUGUUGUUGAUAAAUUUUGGUUUCGAAUAGCAGGAAGCUCAACUUGGCUUGAAGACUUUGGCGUUCAUUACAUGAUAUCAAGAGUGUUGUAUAGCCCUAGAGGAAUACGAAGCCGGCCUAUAGUGUCACUUACUUAUGCUCAGAUUUACGAUAAAGAUUGGAACGAAUUGGUUGGGAUUAACCUUGUUAUACCACCAAUCAAAAAUGGAACACACGUUGAAGAAAACGAGGGCAAAGCCACAAAGAAAAACUUUCGACUAAUGGAGUACCCCCGCUUUGUUGCUAUUCCAUUCUGGCAUGAUGUUGAUCAAUUUGAUAAUCGAUACUAUGGUCCUGAGGAUCCGCGGCUUAUUUUGGUCAUGAACGAGCAUGGGUAUGAGGAACCAUUACUCGUUUACAACUCUUUCUAUGUUGAUAUGCGACCAUACGACGACGAUGAGGAUCUGGGCGAGCCCAAAACUCAAGAGUUUUUCCGAACAAUGUUUAUAUGCUGGCCUUGGCAGCUUGGAGAAGACAAAGUGCAUAAUAAAGUAGUUGAGUUGAAAAUAGAAAAUUCGGAACCAAUGAGGGCUCAAAAAAAUUGGACACCGUUUAUUAGUUUUGAAGAUCGAAAUGAAGUGGGAUAUGAUAGGCACAUCAAUUUUGUUUUCCGGUGGGCUAACUUGGAGGUAUUAAAAUGUACACUAGAUGGAAGUUGUCAUUUUGAGUAUAGAUUUGACGAAUCCUUAUCUGUAAAGAAUGAAGUUGGCCCUCUACGAGGUGGUACGCAAUUAUUCAACUUGCAUUCAAUCAUUCCGUUCAAUUCAGAUAAAGAAGUUUGGGUUGGGUUUGCCCGUGCCCAUAUUGAUUACUGCGGCUGUGGCAAGGCCAUAUAUCGACCAAAUUUAGUGGUUGUUACCAAAGAAACCGUUGACACAGAAUCUCAUUUUAUGGUGACGCACGUUUCAUCCUCCUUAUCAUUGAACGUUAGUGUUGGUGGCUGGGAUUUGCAAACACCAGAAGCCAGAUGUUUUCGAUCAAGUAUUCUCAUUCCCAAUGGUAUCUCCCAGUGGAAUGUUGAGAAAGAUCCUCAAAGCAAUGCCAUAUUAGAGGAUUACUUGACUAUAACUUUAUCUAUUACCGAUUUUACUGUGCAUCGUAUAAACAUUAAAGGACUAUUAAAAGAGAUUAUUAACUUGGGUGUUUUGAAAAGUCAUCAACCAGCAUGGUUUAUGGCAAGCAAUGAUAAUAUUGUAUGCGCAAUCCAGGCUGCUACAGAAUUUUGUCAGAAUUACGGCGAAGAAAAUAGAAUAGUAGGGUUGGAUGAGUUUGCUGAUGACCGAGAAAGUCUCGUACCAGAUGUUGCUUUGGAAAAUUAUUUUCAUAUUGCUCGACUCUACGAAUUUAGAGGGACAUAA